AUGAAGCAACUUCGCUUGAGCUACGGCGUCGCCGACGGGGGCUUGGGGGCCGCUACCCAUGUUUUCUUCCCUCACCUUCCAGUGGCCAACUCCGGCGUAACGCAUCUAAGCAACGACGAGCAAAGCAGUUGGGUUGAUAAUAUCAUCCGGCCUGCGCUUCGGGAUACCUGUGGUCAUCAUGUACGGCAGCACUGGCCGAGGAGCUUUGCUGAUGCGAACCAUAAGGCACGCGUAAAGGAAGAGCAGAGUAUAAAUGGCGCUGGUCAUCCGAUCGACAUCAAUUAUCCGCUGCCUGCCAGCCUACUGGAACAAUACUGGGAUUGUGUACUCCGCAAGAGCAAUGAAUACCCCGAGUUCGCGGGCCCAGUGUUGAUCGUCAUGGCCCACAAUCUCAAGGGCCCGACUCAACGCAAUAGCCCCGCCCUGAUGAAACAUGACUUCCUCGAGCUUAUGGAAUCCUGCUACGAUAUCCAUAGUGAGGGUUAUCUAAGUCGAGGCGACGCGUGGCUUGAUAUCGGAGUCGAAGAUGUUCCCGUCACCGACGGUGUCACACUGCUGCGAAAGACGUGCUGCCUUGAGCAAUGGGCACAAGGGUUCUGCGAUCCCCGACAGGCCGCCCGUCACCUCACAGCCUUACGCCAUCCUUUCAUGCUAACGCGCGACGCGGGUUCAAUCUCCGUUGAACUAGGCCCAAGCAAUCUGUUACGAAGCGAAGGGAAUCUCGCCCACAACAAGGCCUACAAUAGCAACAAAGAUCUAUUCGCCACACCAUUUAAACCCUAUUCCGCAUUUGGCAACGACGACUUUGAAGGCUUAGGUUUCUCUCAAACCCACAUCGACAGAUGCUUUGAAGUGAACCGACAUGGCCGAACUGCAGUUGGUACUCGAGAAUCCCACGUAAAAAGGCCCGACAUAGUUAAAGGAUACGAAAAGAGCAAGCAAAGAGUCGCCGUCGCAUUGGAAGAUUCGACAAAGGCAAAGUCCUCGUUCGGCAUACGGUCGGAAUGCCGUGCGGGACGGUUGUUCUUUGUGCAUUGCGAACUCAGUGUCGACGGUCACUCCAUUACCAUCGCGCAGGCCGCCGCUCCUCCAUCGAGUUCCCAGGGACUCAGCAGUCCGAUGUUGUCUAUAGACAACAUCGGCAGCCAUCCACCUGCAGACAAUCAGGCGAGGGUCUCAAUUGCCGAAGGCCCUCAUCGCUCUUACUGGGUGCUUCCAACUGAAGAGGUUAACAAGUUCACAUCAGCCUAUCCCUAUCUGAACAGGUGGACAGUAUGCGUGGAAGCGUCGGCAACAAGGGCUCGUCCAGGGCCAAACAACCGCCCCAUUGCUUCGGAAACCCAGCAACGUCUCCACGGGAUCACGAUUAGCGCUUGUCGCCGUAUCCUUGCACUGGCUAUAGGAGGAGUCGCACCGUCACGAAGACCUGAGUUGAUGCUGGAAAAAAUGGAAAGCCGUGAACACCGACAAGAGCGGCUCCGACGCCAAGCGUUUCAUGAUGACUCGAGAGUCUGA